ACAUUUUUCAAGGAAGUCGCGAUACUUAACUGGUUAAACGACGCACAGUUUGUAAAGUUCGCAAUUCUGUAAAUAGACGUCAUCCACGUCAAAUGACAUAACCGAACUAACAGAAUCUCCACAAUCGAUCGCAACGUCUCCAUAAGAUCAGUUGUAACAAUCAAGCCGCGAACGUGUGGUCGACGAAGUGUUGAUUGCUUUAAAAGUUCAAAGAAUUUAGUCAAUAUUGUAUAGUGAAAUAAAGAUAAGCAUAAGAAUAUACAUUGAGGAGGAGCUGAUGCUGACCGAAAACAUUUUAUUACGAUUACAUACUUUAAAUAACAGUAAAUAUCAUCAAGAACACAUAAAAUUCGACGACUAUUUGAGGAAUUACAUUCUUAUUGGCAAGAAAAAUGACGCUGAUGGACAUAUGCACAAUUAGUAUCCAUUUCUUGUACUUUUUCCUCCGUCCUAUAUUUGCCCUCAUUUUCCUUAGGAAACGACCAAAAAUUCCACCAAUCAAAAAUCAAUUGCUACUUGAUAGUGCAACAACAUUAGCCAAAAAGAUUAAAUCCGGAGAAGUUUCUAGCCAGACGAUAGUGGAAGCAUACAUUGAGCGAAUUAAAGAAGUGAAUCCAUUUAUAAACGUGGUAGUAGAUGAUCGAUUCGUAGAAGCAGUGAACGACGCGAAAAUAUGCGACGCAAAGCUGAAAUCAGGCGAAGUUACCGCCAUUAUGCUGGAAAAUGAAAAACCGCUUUUUGGAAUACCAUUUACCGUCAAGGAAUCCUGUUCCGUUGCAGGUAAGAAACGAGAGUGUAAUAAGACUCCUUGUAUAUCGUAUUUAGUAUUCUCUAGGAGACAGGAGGGUGCAUUGCUUGGUGCAGGAGCAUCCAUACUUGGAAUCGGUUCGGAUAUGAUGGGAUCUAUAAGAAUACCAAGUUUUUUCAAUGGUGUUUUCGGCCAUAAACCUACUCCAGGAAUUAUUCCUAACAACGGACACAUUCCGGACUACUCACAAUUCUCGAUGUUUGUGCAAGGUCCUCUGGCGAGAUAUGCAGAAGAUCUUAUUUUGGCUGUGAAAGUGAUGUCUGUCGAUUGCGACGUACCACUACAUUUGGACAAGCCGUUGGACGUGAAAAAUCUUCGAAUAUUUUACGUAGAAAAUAUCAAAAGCUUUUGCGGCAUAAGGUCGACCACAUCGGACGUACGACAAUCAAUUAGAAAAGCGUUACGUUACCUAUCAGGAAACGGUGCACGCGUCGAACACGUAAUAAUUAAAUUGACUAAAAAUUAAUUGUAUGAUCUUCAUUUUUGAAGGAUCAGAGUAUUCGAUACGAUUUUAAACCUUAAAAAAGUAUUGCUUUCUUUUGAUGAGUUAUUAUCAGUUUCAAUGACAAAGUAAACUUAUGAUUGAAUGUAGCACCUCGAGCAUUUAUUAUUGUAUUGUAUUUUUUCGAUUUCAAUGAUAUUACAUAGAUAAUAAUAUCUACGUCAGGCCAUAAAAACAAGUUUUCUGAGGAGAAAGUGGCUUGAAUCAUACCAAUCGGACUCAUAGUUUUCUCAGAAAUCUGUCGACAAGAUUAUCAAGUGCCGUUUUGAGAUGAACGUACAGUGGGUGUAGAAAGUAUUCGUAUACCGAUCAAUUUAAAAAUAGAAAACUGUGUAAAAUUUUAAUUUAUUAACUUAUUUUUUAUAAACAAUGACACUCUACAUAUUCUCGAAAAUCUCUAGAAUAGAUAGAUUAAAAAAAAAAUAGCUAUUUAUACAAGUUGCGAAAUUAACAAGAAAAAAACAAUUAAUCGAUAGAAAUGUUGAAGCAAUAAGUAUUCGUACAAUUGUUUAAGUUAUAAACUUCAUAAAAAAAAAAGAAAUUUCAAUUAAUUUGCAAGUAUAUAAUACUUCCUCCGUGGGAUUUCCUUUUGAUUUUACAAUUAUUGUAACUUUUCUAAGCAUUAAAUCAACUAGAUUAUUAGAUAUUCGAAGUGGGAUCUUUUUCCAUUCCUUUAUUAGAACCUUUUUUAAAAGUGCUUUACUGGAAAUUUGAUGUUUUCUAAUUCGUACGGAGCAAUAAACUAAUGUGUUUACGUUACAAACUCUACUGUAAAUGGUUCGUCAUAAGAAUCGUGCAAAUACUUAUUGCUUCUAUACUUUUACUCACUUUUCGCAUUUUUUUUGUUAAUAUGUAAAAUAUCAUUGAUUAUAAAAAGAGAAGUUAAGAAACUACAAUUUCACACAAAAGUUUUUUGGGAUAUUGAUCGGUGUACAAAUACAUUCUACACAGUUUUAUGGGAAAUUGAUCGGUGUACGAAUACAUUCUACACCCACUGUACAUGACAUUUUGGAUUUAAAAUAAUAUUUUCAACGUCUCAGCAAUUAAAAUCGUAUUAGGUUGUCCUAGAGGUUUCUUCCGUGACUUGCAUUCAAUUAUUUUGUGUGGCAGUAUUUAUAUAAAUAAUAACCUAAUGUCUUAGAUGUUAAUGUUAUACCAGUAAUAGAGCAAAAUGAAUCGUAGGCAAUUCGAUAAUGUAACAUUAGACAUUGAAUAUUGUGUAUGUAUUAUUCAUGAAUGACAUGGGAGAAACUUUUAGAACAACCUAAUAUUUAAUUCUACAUUCCAUACAGGGUGGUUAUCGUAACGGUCUGCAAAAUCAUUCAGGUAUUUCCGACAAUUUUCCAUUUACUUAUACAUAGUUUGUGACCCGACUGCUUUAAAUGGCCUUCUAAAAGAUAUGAAUAACCUUUCCUCCUUUCUAAUUGUUGUCUAUUGGCUAAUUGUUGUCUUUGAGCAAAGUGUUUGUCUCUUUUUUUACAGAUGAUUUCAGGCUGCAUGAUUGUAAUCUCCAGAUUUAAUUUAGGUACAAUCGGACCUUCGGGUCUCAAGUACUUUUUUGUUAAUCUCUCUCUUUCAGUUUCCUUUAAGCCAUUAUUAAACCAGUGCUUUCAUCUUUUUGCAAUUGACGAGUGCAAUUUUAUUUCAGCACCUUCCUCCACAAUCGGAUCUUCUCCCAGGGCUUGUAAGAUAUUUUCAUCUACAACAAAAUUCUUCUUAUUUCCACUUUUUCCGUCCUCUACAAGACAAAAAGAAAGAACCCCAUUGCAGUUUUCGAUAUUUAGUAUUGUGUUAUACUGUUCUUGGAGAAGGCGAGCUGUAUCCAAGAAAGUCAACAAAAACAAUUGACCAGCAAACGUUAUUUUUCAGCGAGCAGAACAAGGCUAGCUUAUUGCCUGCUCAUAUAUUCGCUCGACCCUGAUUUUAUUUUAUUUUGAUCUAUCAUGACGCUCGUACAUGCGCUAUCGGUCCUUUUUUAUUCAAAUUUAUCACUAAUGCUUAUCGUACCUUCUUCAUUGGCCGAAAAAAACUUCCGCAAUUUCUUCCUCGGAGCUUUUUUCCCUAUCCUAAUUUUCACUGGAUGAUGCCAUCUCUGUUGCCUUUUCCCGAUUUUCUAUCGCUUCAUCAAUUUUUUCCUUUAAUCUUUUAUAUUUCUUCCUAUUCUUCCUACACUUCCUAUUUUUCUUUUAGCUAUCUUUAUGGCUAUUAAAUGUCACCCCAUUACUUCCAACUUCUAAACACGUGUGUCUUCAAUCGCACACCGAAAAAGAAUGAGGAAAGUCAGUUGUGAUUGCCUUAUCACAAGAGUCGCAGAUCAUUUUUUUUUAGCAGAUGGCAAGUGUUUCUAAAUCUUGAACUUUGUUGUGGCUUAACGUUUGAUAGUUGUAUGUAUAUUACAGAUAUUGAUUCGUUGUGUGAGUGAGGUUAAUAUAGUUGUUAUUUCUAAAUUGA